UUAUAUUAAUUAAAAAUUGCUCUCAGACUCGUCAGUUAGGCUUUAUUUUGGUAUACAAUUUAAAAUCAUAAUUUAUAGUCAGAUGCAAUAUUUGUAGCUGACCCAAAAGUGGGUGAAAAAAAUUAAGUUUCAAAAGAUAAGAGCGCGCCUGUUAUGAUAAAGUUAUUUACUUUUAUUUUUAAAAUUAUCAAUGAGUUAGAUAACGUUGUUGGUGUCGAACGAUAUGAAAAUUGCAUUUGGUAAAUAGAAAUGGAACGCAGCAAUUUGAAGUGGACAAUACAGUUUAAUUGAUAAGUAGUAGAGAAAAACCGCUAAGAUGCACAUGUGGAUGUGGUUCGGUUACGACCUCGGAGACUUCCUGUUCUCCGGUCUAAUCAUCAGCACGCGGUGGGCGUUCGCCCUAACCUGGAUCGCGCUGUUCUUUGUGGCACUCCUGUUCGAAGGUUCCAAGGUGUACCUAGCCAAAGUGCAGCGCGAGGCACACAACAAACUGUACCCAUAUAGAUCGGAUGAAAGACGAAACCUUCUUUGCGACAGAGAGCGAGGGGCCAUGGAGCCGACAACUAGCCGUAACACCACCACAGCGCAGGUCAGCAGAUGGGGGCUAAUUAAAGUGAGGGCGUUGGUGAACGCGCACCAUUCGGUCGUGUUCCUGGCGCACAACGUGGUCGGCUACCUGCUCAUGUUGGCGGUAAUGGUGUACAAUGUGCAUCUGUUGCUAGCCGUCGUUUUCGGAAUGAUGCUCGGAUACUUUUUAUUCGGCCCGAAACUAACACGACUACAGAUGCAAUGCCACAGAACGAAGAGAGUGGUUAUAUGUACACCGGAAUGUGACGAUACAGCCGAAACAUCGACUCCACCUCUCCUGAAUCACUCUGAGUCAGAUUCGGACUUCUACAACUGCCAGACUCGCACUUGCAUACAGCCGUCCCACUACUUUCCGUCCACGUCACAAGAUGGCGCCAGUACCGAAAAUAACGUAACCUGCCAGUACGGCGCCAAGAAAUGCCCGUCGAAAGUUGCCAGAGCGAAAAAAGCCCAAUGUCACAGUGAAAAAGAAGACAAUUCAAAUAUAGAAGAUACAAAACUACUAGUGAAAGAGCGCUCAGGCUGUUGCAAGUCGGAGCCGCCUCACGAGGAGAAAUGUUGUAAAAAAGAAAUUGUUGUAGUUCAAGAGCCUACGUCGUGCUGCAAGAAAGAGAAAGUAAGCGAGGAACAAGCACACGAGGAAACGAGAGAGAAGACCCCUCCGGUGACUUGCUGCAAGUCGAGCAGUACCGAGAGUCGCGAACAGAUAGUUCAUCCCUGAAGCUACCGUUCGCUGUAGAGUUGGGACAGACUGCUAAUAUUAAUCGCCCUGUAAACGAUCAAAUUUGUUUGUCAAACUUUACGUUUUUAUCAAACAACUAGCUGACCCGGCAGACUUCGUAGUGCCUCAAUCGAUAAAUAAAUGACCUAAACUUUUGUAUAAAAUAAACUUAAAACAAACAAAAGGA